AUGGGAGAAGGAAGUGUAUAUGAUCAGUUGACAACGUUAUAUCAAAUAGGGAGCAUAGAUGAGUAUAUUGGACAGUUUGAAUGCUUGAUCGACCAAAUUCCUAAACUCCAUGAAGAGCAAUAUUUCUCAUAUUUNACCCAUGGUCUACGGGAAGAGGUCCGAGCUAAGGUGCGAAGCUUACAUAUCGCAAACCCUCUAACCAGAGGACGAUUGAUGAAUGUUGCUCGUGCUAUUGACUUGAAGUGUCAGGACGAAACAGAGGGUGGCACAGGCGAAACGAGAUGCAUGCANUACGAGNUGAUAAUUUGGGGGGUCAAGGGAGCACGUGAGAGGGGCGUGCAUCAUUUAUCUUAUCAGGAUUUGGUGGAUAGGAAGAAAAAGGGGCUGUGUUUCAAAUGUGGUGGGCCGUAUGGGCCAAAUCAUCAAUGCCCAAUUAAACAAUUGAGAGCCAUAGUGGCUGAAAAUGAGAUUCAGGUGGAAUUCGAAGAUGAAGAAGAAAUCCCUAAAAGUGACGGCGAGGGUGAAACGGAGGAAGUUGAUGGAGUUUGUAGUGCUAUCAGUCUCUUUGUGCUAGAGAAAGAAACUCAAGACGCGCCCAGAACAAUGAAACUAAAAGGGAUGAUUAAAGGGGUACCUCUCCUCAUUUUGAGAGAUUCCGGAGCGUCUCAUAAUUUUGUUUCGCGAAGGUUAGUGAAAGCAAUGGAAUGGAAAUGGAAGAAUACGCGGAGGAUGCGUAUAUUGAUGGGAGAUGGGCAUCAAACAGAAACAACAGGGGUUUGUCGGGGAUUGAAGAUUGUUCUUGAGACAGGGGAGUUCGUAGUGGAUGCGUUUUUGUUCGAACUAGAGGAUAUUGAUCUUAUCCUUGGCAUGGCAUGGUUGGAGUUGUUAGGAGAGAUGUGGGUAGAUUGGAAGAAGCAAAUCAUGAAGCUUAAUUCUGCCCAAGGGAUUAAGGUGCUUAGAGGGACGAAGCAAAGUGAAUCUUUGAGUUCUAGCCUCUACAAGUUUGAAAUCGAAGGGGAGGUUAAGAAAGAAGAAGAAAUCAGUUACAAUUGGUCGGAAAAAUUAAAACAAGCUUUGGGUCAGGUUGAAGAUGUGUUUAGGGACCCAAAAGGUCUACCUCCAAAACGCCAGAAGGAGCACUGCAUCAAUCUGCUUCCCAGGAGUGCACCAGUUAACGUGAGGCCUUACCGUUACGCAUUUCACCAGAAAAAUGAGAUAGAGAAUCAGGUAAAUUCAUUGCUGGGUGAGGGGCAUGUUCGGCAUAGUCAGAGUGCAUUUUCUAGUCUGGUAAUCCUGGUGAAAAAGAAAAACAAUCGUUGGCGCAUGUGUGUGGACUAUAGGGCAUUGAACAAGGUGACAGUACCUGACAAAUUCCCAAUCCCAGUUAUUAAAGAGCUCUUGGACGAGUUACAUGGAGAUAAGUAUUUUUCAAAAUUAGAUCUCACUUCAGGGUAUCAUCAAGUCAGGAUGAGGGAGCAAUACAUAGAGAAAACGGCUUUCCGAACCCAUGAGGGACAUUACGAGUAUUUGGUAAUGCCCUUUGGACUCAUGAACGCGUCAUCAACAUUUCAAGCUUUAAUGAAUGAAGUUUUUAAGAAUAUGCUAAGCAAGGGAGUCUUGGUAUUUUUCGAUGACAUAUUGAUCUAUGGAAAGGAUUGGGAAGAGCACCUAACAAAUCUCACUAUGGCACUACAGCUGUUACGGGAUAAUGUUUUAUUUGCAAAUAAGGAGAAAUGUAGUUUUGGAAGAAGCAGUGUUAACUCCUUGGGGCAUGUAAUAUCAGAGAAAGGAGUUUUUGUAGAUCCUGAAAAAGUUAGCAGUGUGAUUGAAUGGCCAGUGCCGAAGAAUGUCAAAGGGGUGAGGGGUUUCUUAGGCCUCACAGGUUAUUACAGGAAAUUUGUGCAGAAUUAUGAAAACAUUGUGCGGCCUUUAACUGAACUGACUAAGAAGGACAAUUUUAGUUGGCAUGAAAAUACCCAAAAGGCUUUUGAUGAGUUGAAAAGAUUGAUAACAACUGCUCCAUGUCUAUGCUUGCCCAACUUUGAGAAGGAAUUUGAACUUGAGUGUGAUGCCUCAGGUACUGGUAUUAGGGCCAUUCUGAUGCAGGAUAGACAACCUAUCGCUUACUACAGCAAGGCUUUAAGCCCCAGGAAUUUGUCCAAAUUUGCGUAUGAGAAAGAAUUGAUGGAUGUAGUUUUAUCCAUUCAACAUUGGAGACCAUAUUUGAUUGGACGGAGAUUUAAGCCGGGUUGUGAAAAUAACGGUGUCGAUGCCUUGUCUCGAAGUAAGGAUACUGCAGAUUUAAGGAAAGUGGUUACUGAGCCAAUUUGGAUGGAUUAUCCUGCAAUAGUUGAUGAGGUGCAUAAGGAUGGGGAGUUGUUGGAGAUCAUUACAGCAUUGAAAACGGGAAGAGUUGAGGGUAAAUAUGCGAGGUUCAGUUAUCAACAAGGGGUACUGCAAUAUAAAGGCAGGUUAGUGGUUUCAUCUCAAUCACCUUGGAUUCCCGAAUUGUUAAAAGAGUUGCAUGCGUCUCCCCAACCAGGACAUCCUGGCUUUUACCGGACCUACAGGAGAGCUACAGCAAAUUUAUAUUGGAAGGGGAUGAAGGGGGAUAUCAUGAAAUUUGUUCAAGAAUGUGACACGUGUCAACGUUAG